AUGAGUGAUUCAAAUGCUACAAUCGAAGAUACUACAUUAUACCAGGCCGAGGGUACACCGCUUGCUGCCAACUCUACAGGUUCCGAUGAGGUUGUUGAUACAGCAGGGCAGGAUAUACCAGAGCACGGGAACAAUUUGGGGGAAAUUAAGGCAGAUGCGGAAAAAAGAGCCAGGAAGCUCUCACCCUGCUCUAAUGAAAUAAACAUGCCGUCUCUAUACAGUCAACUAGAUAAUCCUUUAAAAUAA